GUUCCCUCCUAUCAAUAUAUUUGAAGGAGGGGAUGUGCGUCGGUAUUAGACGGUAAUUAGUCGUAUCAGGAGCACGCGAACUCAGAACUCGAAGCAAAAGUUGAAAGAAACAAUCACAUCGUCACAUUAAAAAUGAGCGAAAACGGGGAUGUUGAGCAGUCUCCAGCACCCAAUGAAGGCUCACCUCUGAGGUCAGAGGGGUCAGCACCGCCCAGGUCAAAAAGUAGGUCAGCAUCACGGUCAAGGUCACGUUCCAGAUCUCACAGACACUCACAUUCACACAAGAGGAAAAGGUCAUACUCAAGAUCCAGGUCACGUUCACAUCCAUCAAAAAGUCCUAGAAGAUCUCGACAUUCCCGUAGUCGCAGCCGAGAUCGCCAUGGCUCGAGGAAAGAAAGAAGCAGGAGUCGAUCACCGAUGUCUUCUAGACGGAGACACGAUGGAAACCGGAAUUGUACUCAACAGGAUGAUCCUGAACCUUCCAAGUGCCUGGGCAUAUUCGGGCUGAGUCUGUACACCCAGGAGCGCGACCUGCGCGAGGUGUUCAACCGCUACGGGGAGCUGGAAGAGGUCAAUGUGGUGUAUGAUCGACAGAGUGGCCGUUCAAGAGGCUUUGCCUUCAUUUACUUCCGAAGCAUUGACGAUGCUAUUGAGGCGAAAGACCGAUGCACAGGUCUGGAGAUAGACGGACGUCGUAUCCGUGUGGACUAUUCUAUCACACGGAGAGCACACACACCCACUCCUGGGGUGUACCUGGGAAAACCAACCAGCAGACGGGAGAGGCAUGAGGAAGGCCGCUACGACGACCGAUAUUACGGUGGUGGUGGUGGCGGCGGUGGUGGGGACAGGGGAGGUUACUAUGGCGGGGGCGGUGACCGUGGUUACAGUGGUAGUCGACGAAGAAGCCCAUCCCCCUACUAUGGACGUAGCAGACGAAGCCCGUCCCCAUAUUACGGACGAAAGAGAGGGUAUUCCUACUCUAGGUCACGAUCUAGGUCGUACUCACGGGGCCGGUAUAAUUACUGAAGGCUUAGCUUGGAGGUAGAGGAACAAGUUAAAGAUUGAACAACCAUCAUCCCGUAGUGUCGUUUCAUCGUCAUCAUCGUCAUGUUUGCCAUCAUCAUCAUCAUUGAGCUUUAUCUAUCUUAUGAUUUUGUCUUACGAUCAUCUUCACUAUCAUUAUCAGUCAGGGAUUUCAGUAGAUUUUGAAAAAGAUGAAUUCCCGAAUUCUUGAAAUUUUUUGGGGGACAAUGGAAUAAAGAGACCAAAAAUUAUCUGAGGUCAAGUUUAUUCUUUGUUGACAUGUUUGUCAAAUACUCCACCAAUUUUAUUUUGUGGAAAGUCAUGUUACAAAAAAAGACAAAAGAAGACUAUUUAUGUGAUAAACAACUUAUUUGUGUGUGCUUUAACAAAUAUAAAACAGUUUUUGUUCUAUAAGAACUAUGCACAUAAGAUUUAAUGCUCUAGUCAAUGCAAAGUAUGUUGGAUUUUUUCUUUCCGAUAUGUAUUGAAAUCCCUGAUCAUUGUACUUAGGCCAUUUUACAUAUGAAUAUUUGUUGAGAGACAGUUUAAACUCGACAUACUCAACAUUACGAUACAAUUCGUGUGUGUAACUGCAUCCCGUUGAACUGAUGUUAAUGUAAUAUAUUACUGAUACUAUUAUCUUGAUCAGCGCUCCAGCUAGGGCUAAAUGAAAGGGUGCAGCACCCUGACUCCUAAAAGUCCUACCCUGCCCCCUUGGACCCAAGCCAUGCCCUGUUUUGGUCGGAUUAGUAUACUGCAUUUUUUUUUACGAUUAAAUAUAUAUUUCAGCUUUCAUUGUAAUACGAGUUUUAUUAAGUAUGUAGAAAAUGUUUUACAUGAUAACAUGGUAUUAUUAAAUACGUAUUUUAAAUGAUUUUUAUAUAACAUAUGCUACAAUGUAUUUUGAAAAUACGCAGAAGGGUUAAUAUUACCUAGUGCGCUAAAUUGACCUUUUUACAAAAGAACACCCUUCCCCUUUCAACCCCUAGCUGGGGCACUGAAAAUAAAUAACAUGAAUUGAUAACAUUAUAAAUGUGCUAAACCAAUAUAAUUUGACAAAAGUGUAAUAUCAUGUUUCUUGUAAUUUACCAUUAAUUAGGAAAAAGAACCAUAUCAUAAAAAAUUGAUAGUUUGUUUCAUUGCGCUCAUAUUGCUAGACAUUAUUUCAUGAUAAAGUUAUAUUAGGGAAUUACCUUAAACAUUUGCCUCUUGCUCCAUGUAUGUUUUAGUACUAAAUUACUGAUGUUAAAUCCUUUUCAUUGUUUAGAUUUUUUUUUGUACAACUGUUGUUUCUUGUUAUUAAUUCUCUGACAUGUUUUUACUCAAGGCUUGAAGAUAGAAAAUUGACGAAUCAAGUUAGAAAAUUGACGAAUCAAGUUAGAAAAUUGACGAAUCAAGUUGAAAAAUCAUGGGGUCUGAGUUCAACUUGAUAUAGAGAAGUCUGAAAAUGUCUGAAGAGUGUCAGAAGAAAAUGAAGUUUUUCUGAAGAAAGCAUAGGUUAUUUCGAUUUUUUUUGGUCAAUUUAAUGUUUGGAAUGGAACUAGAAAGUGUUGUUGUUUUUUUUCUUAAAAAAAAAUUGAAAUCUGUCAACAUUACAGCUUUUUUUAUUAUAUAUAAUAAUCGUUAUCAAAUACUGUAAAUUUAAAAUAUUUUAUAAAGAAUUUUUGUCUCAGAAGUUUUAUGUUUUAAAAUGUUCAAAAUAAUUUGGUAUUUAAAUGAUUUAAUUAAAUUAUUUUUGCUUUGUAUUAACAAGGUUGAAAAGAAGAGGUCAGAAUAAAGUUUGAAGUAAAAAGGGGGUAGAAGUUUUGGAAAAAAGAAAAUGAAGUUGUUUGGAAGAAAUGAAGUAGAUUUUUGAAGAGUAGAAGUAUUUUUGAAGAUGUGAAGCUUGAAGGAAGUUCGAUUUGGACUUUCUGAAGAUUUGGAAAAAAAUGGUUAGGUCUAGUCCACUAGAAAAGAAAUAUGUGCAAGGUAACGCUUUUGGGGGGAAAAUAUGUUGAAGACCGUUGAAUGAUGUAGGGAUUAUGUGGAUAAUAAAUUUUGGGGAAAUCUGUUGAAGAUAAUUGAAUAAUGUAUGAAGAGCUUUGAACAAAAUUUGGAAAUUUGAGUGGAAUGAAUUCAAGCAAGAAGAAACAUAAAAGUAGAGGUUAGUGUAUCAGAGGUAAAUGUUAAGAAAAGCAUGCCAUUUUUGUGUGUCCUGUAAAAAUGUUGGUGUGAUCGCAAGUUGAAGACAUGAAUAGAGAUAAUCACUUCCAACAUUUAACUUCUUGGCAAACUUGUUUUGAAUGCAUGUUCAGCAACCAGUACUAUGUAGCUACCAUGUUGAACAAUCUUUACAAUAUUUCUUAUUAAUGUUUUAAUUUAAUUGAGAUAUUAAAAAAAAAAUUUUUUUUUACAUUCUCCAAAAAGUAUUGAUAAUAGGUUUCCCUUUCUUAUGACGAAAAUUUGGGAAAUUUAGCCAUUGUUUACAACAAGUUUAUAAUUUGGGAAAUUUAGCCAACAAUGUGAAAUGUUCUUGACCAGUAAAGGAGUAGAAAACCUGUCUUCCCAAUGAGAAAUUGAAAACAGUAGUCUCCCCUGAAUUUUAUUCUAAAGAACAAACAGUCCAAGAAUGGGUCUGUCAAUCAACAGUUUCUAUGUGUUUUGUGCAUGUUCCCAUUUCAGGUGUUCAACACUUAAAUUACGAAGAGAGUCCACAAUGGUUUUCAUCAUCUGAACGUUAUUACCCGCCCUACUAACCAUAAUGGUCGUUUUUUUGUUACUGUUUAUGCACAUACUGUGUACGAGUGUAUAAAUAAAAGUUAUCAAAAUGUA